UGGGGCCGGCCUGAAGGGCCACCUGCCCAAGGUGCAGAUGCCCAGCCUCAAGAUGCCCAAGGUGGACCUCAAGGGGCCCCACGUGGACCUGAAGGGCCCCAAAGUUGAUAUGAUGGAACACCAUGAUUCUAUGCGGACCCCUAACCAGCACGGAUUUUUUCCAUUUCAUGAUCAAGACGUAAACUCAAGGGACAUUUCUACCAGUUCGUGUUAUGGUUCUAGUGAUGCUGAUCUAUCACCUCCUUCUGUGACUUCCCAGUCCUUGUUGUCAUACCUUCGCCCGUCUUUGUGUAUUGUUGAGUCUCCACAGGAAUCUCAAGGCAGUACACUCCCUCCUUUCACUGCUCGCAUAUUGUUCCCCAAAUUUCACAGACCUAAAUUUACCUCAUCUCUUCCACCUUCAGAGUCUGAAAAUGUUCUGUCUGAGGCUGAGGCUCAGGCUGUCGUCCAUUCUCUUGUUACCUCUCACACCCUGUCUGGUUCAGUAGUCCCUCAGGUCCUUUCUCCCGGUGCUGCUUCUUGUAGUGUUGUGGAGCUGUCCUCCAGCCAGCCUUUACUCAGUCAGCCACCUGAGGCAUCUAAGCGAGAAGCCAAAGACCCUUCCUUCAAAUUGCCUAGCGUCAAGUUACCUUCUUUCAAUUGGUCUCCAAAGAAGGUAACAGGUGAUUCUCAGUCACAGGAGACACCCACAUCUAGUCUAGGUUUGUCGUCAAUGGAAAUGGAUUCUCAAAUUCAAAGUAGUGUUUCCAUAGUGGAAUCCCCCCAGCAUGCCCCUCUGGACAAGGACGUGGAGAAGGGAAGAAGCCGGAAGCUGAGCUUUUCCAUGCCAAGACUGGCACUACCCAAGAUAAAGGUUUCUAAGGGGACGGCUUCUGUGCCACACGGAGACAUGAGGCCUUCACUCAGUGGUACCACAUCUGGAGGUGAUUUGGUAGUCGUAGAAACAGUUGUCAGUGAUGCCCACGUUGGGGACACUCAUUCAAAAGACGUCAUCACAGAACUCCAUGUCAGAUCCCCCUCAACCACAGCAGAGUUGGUUAGGUCCCAAACUGAGCUUCCUCCUUCCAAAGAUGAUGUGAAUGUCAGAGGUGACAGCAAAAGUCUCAUGGUUGUCUCUGCAAGUCAGCCCUUUGGGGAACUGGUACCACCCAGAACAGAAGGUCUCCUGCUGCCAUCCGGUAGACAGAGAGAUAACACCUGCACCGUGGAAACCCCUGAGAUGGAUCCCACAGCAAAGGAGACGUCAACAGACUCGAAUGAGCGCCGGUUCAAAAUGCCCAAGUUCAGAGUUCCUGGUUUCAGACGCUCCUCAUCCAAGGAGCGAGACCGGCUUGGAGAACAGGAAGCCACUCAAAAGUCACAGACUCCGGUCAUCAGCAUCCCCUUGGAGGCAGAAGAAAAAGCAGCAGCCUGCGUGCAGCUGUCCCAUGUGCCUGAGUCCAAGGUAGAGGCACAUAUCUCCCUGGAGUCCCCAGAGGAAGGGACCAGUGUGAAGCCCAUAGAGAGCCCAACAUAUGCAGAUGUUGUAAAACGUGAUCUCCAUGGGACAGGCUCGAGGAUGCAUAGCUCCACUGUUGAGCAUUUUCACACACAUCUGUCCACCCCUGAGUUUGGGACCCAUCUAUCUAAAGACUCUGUCUCCCUUGUGAGGGUCUCAGAACCCCAGCUUCCUCCAGAAGAAACAGGCAAGCAGCAGCAUCCUGGGCCAGGAGGAAAUAUCCCUGCUGAGAUGGAGGCUAGAACAGGAAGCUUGCCUUCCCAGCCGCAAGGGCCCCUGAGGCUGAAGGCCUCCAUCACUGAUGUGCCAUCCCAGGUCUCUGUGGUGAGCAUGAGUCAGCUCUGGGAGGAUUCUGUAUUGACUGUUACAUUUCCCAAACUGAAGGUACCCAGGUUCUCCUUCCCUGCUCCCAGCUCUGAGGCUGAUGUGUUCUUUCCUGUGGUGAGAGAGGUCGAAGCCAGCAUUGCUAGUCCCAUGCAUACAGGAAGCUCUGGGCUCUGGGAAGCCAGCAUUCUAAAGACAGGCGCCGAGGACACCAGAAUGCCACCAGCAAGCCUUGAGCAAUCUUUGGAAGAAUCCCCAAUUUCUAAGGUCAGAGUGCACAUUCAGGGGUCUCGAGGUGAAAGCCAAGAAGUCGCUCUUCCUAGCAGGAUGGAAAGGUCGCGCGCUGACCCCUUAGCACCUGGAGCCUUUUGUACUCAGAUUGUGCGGGAAUCAGAGAUCCCUGCUUCUACAAUCCAAACUCCUUCUUACGGAUUUUCUUUGCUGAAAGUGAAAAUUUCAGAGCCCCCUGUGCAGGCCUGUGUGUAUACAGAGGCUCCUGAUUCCCAGCCGCAAGAGAGUGUGGGUGGAGCUCCCUCGCCAGCCGCUGCAGGGGGACACGCUGUUCCUGCAGAGGUCCCACCUGAUACUGGCGAACCAUUUGAGAUUAUCUCUUCCAGUGUUGGCGUGCCCCCGGGGCCCCAGCUUGCAGAAAGCACCUCUGAUGAGGAGCCCGCGGAGAUUCUUGAGUUUCCUGAGGACAGCCAGGAGGUUAAGGUCUCUGGCAUGGAUGCCAGACAGAAGUCAGAAGGUAAAAAGGCCAGCCUGUUGUGGUCCUGGCUUCCGAGUAUUGGGUUUUCCUCCGCGGAAGAGACGGCUGCUGAGUCCAGAGACACGCCCCAAAGAUCCCCUGUCCACGUGCAGCCUACCGCUCGGCUGGACCCCGAACUGCCCAGGAAACAGGAGAAGGCGGGCUGGUUCCGGUUUCCCAAGUUAGGGUUCUCCUCUUCACCCACUAAGAAGCCCAGGAGCACUGAAGACGGGGAAGGCCAGGAAGAACACAAGCCCCAGGAGGAGACAGUCACCUUUUUUGAUGCUCGAGAAAGCUUUUCCCCAGAGGAGGAGGAAGAAGCCAAGUCAGAGGGGACAAGUGCCAGGCCUGGUUCUGAAGCAAUGGUGGCAUCCUCUGCGAGAACAGAACUCGUACUGUUGGAACAGGCUAGAGACACUGGUGACAAAUCUAUCCCCAGGCCCGUGGCCAAAUGAGAUGAGAGGUCAGAGUCAGUGGAUGAGACCAGCCAACUAGAACCCGAAACUUAGGGUCUGAAAGCACCCCCAUCGCCCCCAGAACGCGCGAUUGAUCUCGUGUCGAUCCACAGGCUUGAAACCAAAGCAGAAAUAAACAGCACUUACCUGUCUCACACACAGCCCUCCUAUAGGGAACUGAAAUCCGCUACCUUCUUCCAAGCUUUGGAAGCAAACCAAGGCUGCCAAAUUGUCUAGUUCUGGGAGCUCUGUUGGCCUUCGUGGGGUAAGUCCCAAGAGGCUGCCCAACACCACGAGAACAACGUUGUCUCUGAAGUACCCAUGCCUGUGUGGGUAGGAGCAGCUUUUGGGGUAACCUCUGCCUUGCCGCUGCUGUUCCCUGGUGAGCUUAGCCAGCGGGGUGUGCGGUGUGUCCUUCCUGCUCACACACUCGAUCCUUCCUCAACUCUUUCGCUAAUGGCAAGCUUUGGGGAGCAGACUGUGAGGGUGUGUACGCGGGGCACAAAGGUCUGCACUCAGUGGUAACUGUGGGUUGCCCAGCAGGGUUCACACACGGGUUUACCAUUAUACCUUGGUGUGCGUCUGUUUGUCUGUCUGCCUGCCAGUGUGCUACUACUUUCCCAGAUGUGUACAACUUUCAUGCUCUGCCUAGAGCACCUCGUGUACAGAUUGCAGCCCAUUCAGUCACCUUCAAUAAAGGAAGCAAUGCA